AGCUGCGCUCAGUCGACAACAGAAACCAGAACCAGAAAGAUCAACUCGCGGGGUCUCUGCGAGCGCGUCGAGUGCCACUGAACUUGGAUGAUUUUGUUGGGAAAUCGAAGCUCUUGCUGGAUGCUAAUACCUGCAUACAUACAUACGUAAAUUGUGCGCGUGUUGAAAUUCAAAUUCGAUUUCAAUUUCAAUUUCAAAUUGAAAGUAAACGAUUUAUUUUACAUCGACAUAAACAAUUGUUAUUAUUGAUUGCGCCGCCAAUUGCCGAGAGAUAUUUAUUUAUUUCUAUUUGCAAAAGCGAACGCGGAAACGUUGGUUUACUUUACCAGCAACAAAUAACAACGAAAAAUAUCGCAAAAGUCAAUUACUAUUUGCGUAAAACAUAAAUAAACAUUUGUGAACGAACAUUUCUAAAUAGAUAUAGUAAAUACUCAGUUGAGCUUUCAUAAAACUAGAAAUAAAAUGACGUCGACGAAGGGGCAGAGAUUGCUGCUAUUAAUCACAUUAUUCAGUGUCUAUGCGAGCGGUACACACGGUCAGUCCUAUCUGCUCACCUUGGAGAACGUACUUACACGACAACUGCCAUACAAUCUAACCAGUGGGAACGGCACCAGCGGAACGGAUCUGUUUGCCGAACAAGUGGAUAAUAACACACGGAUAUUUGUCUAUAAAAAUAUUGUGGACUCCAGCAACGAACUGUCUCAGACGGCAAUGGAUGUGAUUACCAUUGUUUGGUAUGUGGCUACAUUUCUGGCUUUGGGUGCUUUCUUUAUGCUGAUGGCCUGUUCGGAUCGCCGAUGCCGCGAUACGCGUAGUCGACAAUCGAAUGCCACGCCCAAUGAGGCACAGCGUGCACCACCCACGCCGUCGCCGUCGUACAGUGAAUUUGCACCGCCCAGCUAUGAUACGGUUAUCAAAAUGCAGCAUGCGGCCAAGCCGAGCAUCUUUGUUAUACCGUUCAACAGCGAGAAUAAGGCGAAUGAUGAGCCGAAUGUGACGCCUGUAGUGCCACCACCCGCCAGCAUCUAUACAAUUGAUGAACGGCCCAAGGCAGAGCAUUGACGGGGCCUUUGCCUUUAAGCCACACUCGGUCCACAUUGGGGCUGUGCAAUUAACAUCUCUGUGAUAUUUACCUGGUGCUCAUUCAAAAUGCCCUCGUUUUGGAUAAACGAUAAGCAAAAAAACGAUGCGGCCAAUUUUGUAGUGCAGUGUAAAACAUGUAUUAUAAUAACUUUAUUGUAUUGUAGCAAUUG